UUUUGGGUUCAUUUUUAUUGUGACACAUAGAUGAAAAGUAGUUUAUUCAACGUUGUUUUUUCCAACGUUAACAAGACAAAUUCAGAAUAACAUUGUAUUCAAAACCUUGGUAGAAAUUCUCAAACAGAAAAGAGAGUAGAACUGAACAUUAAAAAUGGCAAAGUCUAAUACAAGUCUUCUUCAUCUUCUUUUAUUGUUAUUAUCAAAUAUUUCAUUCCAAGUUGCUACAUGUGGUUCCAUAGUAAAGUUUCUUCCUGGAUUCAAUGGACCUCUUCCUUUUGUUCUUGAAACUGGAUAUGUGGGAGUGGGAGAAAAAGAGGAUGUGCAAGUGUUUUACUAUUUCAUUGAAUCAGAGAACAAUCCAAAGGAAGAUCCUCUCAUGCUUUGGCUCACUGGUGGACCUGGCUGCUCUGCUUUGUCUGGCCUUGUCUUUGAAAUUGGUCCACUUGAAUUUAGAAAAGAGGAAUACAAUGGGAGUUUGCCUAAUCUGAUCUUGAAGCCACAUUCAUGGACAAAGGUGAGUAGCAUUAUAUUCGUAGAUUUGCCCGUAUACACAGGUUUCACAUAUGCAACAACAAAUUCUGGGUCAGAUCGAAGUGACUCGUUACUAGUUGAUCAAGCUCAUCAAUUUCUCAAAAAGUGGUUGGUUGAUCAUCAAAAAUUUCAAUCAAAUGAAAUUUAUAUUGGUGGUGAUUCAUACUCUGGCAUUCCUCUUCCAGUAAUUGUCCAUAAAAUUGUAGAAGAAAAUGAACAAGGUGUCCAACCUUGGAUUAAUCUCCAGGGAUACUUGUUGGGGAAUGCUGUAACAACCGAAAAGGAAAAAAACUAUGCAAUCCCUUUCGCCCAUGGAAUGGGACUCAUAUCUGAUGAACUAUACAAUUCACUCCAAAUAAAUUGCAAUGGAGAGUAUAUAAAUGUAGAGACCACAAAUGUUUUAUGUUCUAGAGAUAUCAAAUCAUAUGACAAAUGUACAUCAGGACUUAAUAAAGCUCACAUUUUAGACCCAUUAUGUGAGUGGCGUGAUGAUACUGAAUUUUUUUUGAGAAGAUCUCUGAUUAAGAAAUAUCCCUCCAAUUUCCUCAGUACAAAUCUCAGAUUGCCUCCCUUAUAUUGUAGAAGUUAUCCAUAUUUUCUUUGCGGUUUUUGGGCCAAUGAUGAUAAUGUUCGCAAAGCAUUGCACAUACGUAAGGGUAGUAUUCAAAAAUGGCAUCGGUGUUCCUAUAAUAUACCUCAUAAGAGAGAUAUCUUUAACAGUUAUGAUUAUCAUGUAAAUCUCAGUAGAAAAGGCAUUCGUUCACUGAUUUACAGCGGUGAUCAUGACAUGUCAGUUCCAUUCUUAGCAACACAAGCAUGGAUUAGAUCUUUAAACUAUUCCAUUGUUGAUGAUUGGAGACAGUGGCAUACCGAUGAUCAAGUUGCAGGAUACACAAGGACUUACUCUAAUCAAAUGACAUUUGCAACUGUGAAGGGUGGCGGACACACAGCUCCGGAGUUCCGACCUAAAGAAUGUUUUGACAUGUUUAGUAGGUGGAUAUCAAAGAGGGAUUUAUAGAAAUAAAUCAAAGUAAACUUGCAAAGAAAUAUAUAUCACUUGGAAUGACACAGUAUAUAUGUUGGUUUUUGUCUUUUAUAACAACAAACCAUAAACAUGUAGAUCUUUUUUUAAAGAUAAUUGUUAAGUGUUAAUCCACAAACCAUCGAUAC